AUGUACUACCUGGAGGAGCACCGCAUGGUGCACAGGAACCUGGCUGCCCGCAACGUUCUGCUCAAGUCUCCCAGCCAGGUGCAGGUGGCCGAUUUUGGGAUCGCUGACCUGCUCUACCCCGAUGACAAAAAGUAUUUCUACAACGAGGUCAAGCCGCACAUCUGCACCAUCGACGUCUACAUGGUGAUGGUCAAAUCCCUGGAGGUGGCGAAUCCCGGCGCGUCCGUGCUGUGCCUGUGUGAGAAAGGUGAUGCCAUGAUCAUGGAAGAGACCGGGAAAAUCUUCAAAAAGGAAAAGGAAAUGAAGAAAGGAAUCGCCUUCCCCACGAGUAUAUCCGUAAAUAACUGUGUGUGUCACUUCUCCCCGCUCAAGAGUGACCAGGAUUACAUCCUCAAGGACGGGGAUUUGGUCAAAAUCGACCUGGGCGUGCACGUGGACGGCUUCAUCGCCAACGUGGCGCACACCUUCGUGCUCGGCGCCUCCAAGGUGGGUUUGUCAUCGGGGGGUGUCUGCUCGGGCUGGGGCGGCCUCAGGGGGCCAGGGCACGGCCUGGAGCCUCUGGAGCUGAGGUGGCACCACCCUGAACCCCUGGAGCUGAGGUGGCACCAGUCUGGAGUGUCAGGAUCCGAGGUGGCAGUGCCCUGGAGUGUCAGGAUCCAAGGUGGCACCAUACCGGUCCCGGUGCUGGGGGGCUUGACCGGAGGUCGAGGGGAGCACCGAGGGGUCCAUCCCAGUAACCCCAGUUUGCCCGCAGGGAUGUUGUCGCACCAGCUGAAGCAGCACGUGAUCGACGGGGAGAAAACGAUCAUCCAGAACCCCUCGGACCAGCAGAAGAAGGACCACGAAAAAGCCGAAUUCGAGGUGCACGAAGUCUACGCCGUCGACGUCCUCGUCAGCAGCGGCGAAGGAAAGGCCAAGGACGCGGGGCAGAGAACCACCAUUUACAAGCGGGACCCCUCCAAGCAGUACGGGCUGAAGAUGAAAACCUCGCGCGCCUUCUUCAGCGAGGUGGAGCGGCGCUUCGACACCAUGCCCUUCACCCUGAGGGCGCUGGAGGACGAGAAGAAGGCGCGCAUGGGGGUGGUGGAGUGCGCCAAGCACGAGCUGCUGCAGCCCUUCAACGUCCUGUACGAGAAGGAAGGCGAGUUCGUGGCGCAGUUCAAGUUCACGGUGCUGCUGAUGCCCAACGGCCCCAUGCGCAUCACCAGCGGCCCCUUCGAGCCCGAGCUCUACAAAUCCGACCUGGAGGUGCAGGACGGGGAGCUCAAGGCCCUUCUACAAAGCUCUGCCAGCCGGAAGACCCAGAAAAAGAAAAAAAAGAAGGCUUCCAAAAACGCUGAAAACGCCACCACGGGGGAGACAGCAGAGGAGAACGAGGCUGGUGAUUGAGAACCCUUCAAGUUCUCAAAUUGCCCCUUUUUGCCCCCCAAAAAAAAAAUUAACACAAAAACCAAAAUUCCAUCCGGAAAUGAAAUCAUCUGGCACCGGUGUUGGUCCAGG